AUGGCGCAGAAGAAGAAAGCUAGGGUUUCUGACGACGAGGAAAUGGAACUGCAGCAUGAAGAAAUCAGCCUCUACCAGGUUCUUGGUGUGGAGAGAACGGCGUCGCAGCAGGAAAUAAAAAAGGCUUACUACAAGUUGGCGUUGAGGCUUCAUCCUGAUAAGAACCCUGGUGAUGAGGGAGCUAAAGAGAAAUUCCAGCAACUGCAAAAGGUGAUAUCGAUUCUUGGGGAUGAAGAGAAGCGGGCCCUCUAUGAUCAGACUGGAUGUGUUGACGAUGAUGACCUGGCUGGAGAUGUUGUUCAGAAUCUUCAAGCAUUCUUCAGAACAAUGUACAAGAAGGUCACAGAAGCUGAUAUUGAGGAGUUUGAAGUGAACUAUAGGGGAUCUGUUUCUGAGAAAAAUGAUUUGAUUGAUUUGUACAAGAAGUGCAAGGGUAACAUGAAUAGGCUUUUUUGUUCAAUGCUCUGUUCAGAUCCUAAACUUGAUUCACACCGAUUCCAGGAUAUUCUCGAUGAGGGUAUAGCUGCUGGAGAACUAAAGGCAACAAAAGCCUACCAGAAAUGGGCCAAGGAAGUAUCUGAAACCAAACCGCCCACAAAUCCUUUGAGGAGGGAGAAGUCUAAUAAGCAGUCAGAAGCAGAUCUUUAUACAAUGAUAGCACAACGCCGAAAUGAGAGGAAAGGCCAGUUUGAUUCAAUGUUCUCAUCUCUAGUUUCAAAAUAUGGUGGAGGUGAUAUGCCCGAACCCUCUGAAGAGGAGUUUGAAGCUACGCGGAGAAAGCUGGAGACUGGUAGAUCCUCUAAAAAAUCAAAACAAUCCAAGCGGAAGUAA